GGCGCGAGUGCCAUGCUCGUCCUCCUCUUGUCUCUCCUCGCCCGCUCGCUUUCUGUCGCCCCGCCGAGGAAAACGGACGCUAAAUUAUGUUAUCCUUUCUCUUAAUCCUGCCCUGUCUCUCUUUUUCGAACGAAGCAUGACUGGUGCUUAUGACGACCUUCCCUUGUAGGCGGUGUUUAAGCUCCUGUGCGUGACCUGUUAUGAACUGACUCCGCUGGCCGUGACAAGUGAUAAUGUGAUCUUCCUUCUCGGUUGUCCAGGCACGUAUGUAGUCUUCGUGUGAGAUCCCGGGCCACCGUAUGCGCAGUAGUGCCAGAGACCCCCAGAGCAUCAGUGUGUUCUUCUCGUUUGACCUUUUCGGACUCAGAACCCCUCCUUCCCAGCCUCACUGACCGCGACUCGAAGGACUUCGCCGGAGAGCAUGAACGCGAGCGUGAAUGAGUCGGCGGCGCCCGGAAGCCUUUUCGCCGAGGCGCUUCCCGGCGGCGCCGUCUGCAAAGGCGACGUGUGCAGGGGCAGCAUGUGGCACCCGGGCAUCGAGGACGAUCCGGCCACGAUACCCCGGUACACGCUGCAGGGCUUAUGGUGGCUGGUCUGGCUAGUCGGUGUCGAGUAUGUUGCGCUAUGGUGGCAGGGGGCCCGUCUCCCCGACCUCCAUGACAACAUAAUGUCCUUGGUCCAUGGCACGCUCUAUGAGGUCUCCAAACUUUUCGUUCGUGGGCUCGAAUAUGGCGUCUAUGUCUGGGCCUGGAACAAGUAUUCGAUUUUCCCGCCACUUGGAAAUUCGUUUUUGGAAAUUCUUUGCGUCAUCGUCCUCGUUGACUUCGGUUUUUACUGGUUUCAUCGAGCUAGUCAUGAAAUCAUGGUCCUGUGGGCAGUUCAUCAGGUCCACCACAGCGGCGAAGAGUUCACGGUGUCUGUGGGUCUCCGCAACUCUCCUUUGCAGAGGCUGUUCUCCUGGGUGUUCUACUUGCCGCUGGCCGUUCUAGGUGUUCCUCCCGCGCACAUGUUGGCGCACGUUCAGUUCAGCGCCCUCUACCAGUGCUGGAUCCACACGGAAACCAUCAGAACCGUGGGACCUUUGGAAUACGUGUUCAAUACGCCCGCGCACCACCGGGUUCACCACGGGUGUAACAAGUACUGCCUCGACAAGAACUACGGCGGGAUCUUCAUCGUCUGGGACCGCCUCUUCGGGACCUUCCAGCCAGAGCUUCCGGAUCAGGAAAUCGUCUAUGGAAUCGUCUACCAACCGAGUGCAUUUAACCCUCUUUACCAUCAAGUGUUCUAUCUGGCGGGCGCGCUGAAGAAGGCUCGUUCCAUGAGCACCUGGGGGGACUUCGUGGCCGCCCUCGUCAAGGGGCCGAGCUGGGCGCCGGGAUCGCCUUGGACGGGCUGGGAGGAGGACAAACUCGAU